GUAGAGACCGUGCUAUAGAGAAUUGUACUCUCCCAAAUAAAAGCAAUGAAGUCAAAACUAUUGGGUGCAAUGCUCCGUAGCGUACAACUCAUUCCAUGAUUCAAAAUUUUGUGAAGCAGAGCGCGAUUUGCUGUUAUUCGAUCCUGUUAUCAUGAGUUACAGAAGGGACCAUAGAGGCUCGAGGUCUGCACUUUUUGAUAACAUGGACGCCCUUGAAGCGGGUGGACUCAGGACCUCUUCAUCAUAUUCAAGUGGCAUGGAUGAUCAUGACAAUGAGAAAACUGUGGAUAGUUUGCACGAUAGAGUCAGCUUCCUGAAACGAUUGACUGGAGACAUACAUGAGGAGGUGGAGACUCACAACCGUAUGCUAGAUAGGAUGGGCAAUGAGAUGGAUGCAUCAAGAGGAAUCAUGUCAGGAACAAUGGAUCGUUUUAAAAUGGUGUUUGAAAAGAAAUCGAAUAAGACAAUCUGCAAACUUGCAGGAUAUUUUGUGAUUUCUUUCUUUGUGCUGUAUUAUGGAAUUAGGAUUCUCCUGUAUUACCUGUAUAGUUAAUCCGGGAUUGUGAUGUCGUACAAAUGUUCUGCGGUGUUCUCUUUGUGAUAAUACUCCAAACGAGGAAUCCAGAGUACAUAAUUACUGAAGCUACGGAAUCAUGCCUAAGGACAGGUAUUGGCAAUUCUGAUCUCGAAGCUCCAUCCACCGAACCACAUGUUACCGUUACCAUACGAUUUUAGAACAUAGCUUUUUUGGUACAGCAGCAUCAUAGCUACUAUUUUAGUCACUGGCUCGUGUAAAUAUAUUCUUUUCACCCUCCUCGUUCCUAUUCUCCAUUACUAUAUACAACUAAUACACAGUGUUACUAUUUCCUGUUAAUCAUAUUAUUACCAUCUUAGGAUCCAAUGCUAGCACAUUAUAUUAUUUUUCUUGGUAA